AUGAGCUCGAGUCCUUCAGAAUGCGUGGGAACGGCGGUCAGUGAUUUGCUUAUGUAAUGAAUUAGUGUUCAAUCUCGUCUGCUUCCAUCUACAGACAAGUUCACGAGUAUUCGCAGCUGAUAUUAGAUCUCUGCAUCUGCAUUUUAAUUCAACUAUAGACGUACUCGGAGCUGAUGUACAGGCCUGCAACUGACAGGACGAGUCAUUGAUUUCAAGAACACCACGACUGCGCAAACUCAUGCUCUCUUCCUAACUCCUCCAAACAUGUCCUCGGUCGACUCGCCGCCCAAACGAACCCCCCGCUACGGCAGCACCCCAAAUCCCCGUCCGAAGAAGUCAUGGCGCAAGCUUCUCUGGGUGCACCAGCCCUACCCAGACAACUACGUCGACGUCUCCUUCCUUUCGCAGCUCAAACGCAACAUGCACGUCCAGCAGUACUCGUUCUGGGCGCUCUCGUCGGACUCGACAGUUAUAAUAUCGCAUGUGUCCACCGUCGCGCUCUUUAUCUGCGUCUUUGUCGUCAUUUAUAACUUUGAUUGGAAUCCGGCGUGGUUUGCCUUCUCGGGCUCGUUCUUUACCUUGAUCGGCUACUUUGUUUGGGAUUAUCUGGGAAACAACACCACCAGUCGAACGGCAACGUUUAAAUCUGCAGUUCUCAUUGUCUCCACCCUUCUCGGUCUCUCCCCAGUCCUCAAAUCUCUCACGCAGUCCACAUCCUCAGACUCAAUCUGGGCCAUCUCAGUCUGGCUAUUCCUACUCAACAUAUUCUUUCACGAUUACUCUGUUGGUCCAAAGAAAACAGUCCCGCCAACGCUCUCCACAAACCUCGCCAUCUCCGCCGCAAUCGUCCUCGCCUCCCGCCUCUCCACCACCCUCAGCGUCUUCUCCUUCCUCCUAUUCUCAAUCGAACUCUUCGGCCUCUUCCCCAUCUUCUCGCGCUGGCUGCGCUCAUACUCAUUCAUCGGCCACCUCUUCCUCACCGCGUUCCUUAUCAUCAUCACCGAGCUCGGCAUGCUGAGAAUCGGAGGCUGGUGGGCGUGUGGGAUUUGGCUCGCGGCAGUGCUUUCGGCGGCUCUGAUUGCGCCGGGGUGGCUUAUAGCGCUGCAGAAAUACAAAAAUGAAAUCCAAGGACCGUGGGAUCCCGCAAAACCCGUUCUGCGAAACAGGUGAUCUUCAGGACGUUUCUUCCUCUCCUCCAAUCUUGUUUUGAUCUUUUAGGUAUCGUGCAUGUGUAUGAUUAGGGUGUCCUGCAUUUUCAAUGUCUUUUUUGGUGUCAUAGUCAUUUUUAAUAUAAGCACGAGCGAUAUAAUAUUAUUCAA